CGAUGCACAUUCCAUCAGAAAUUUCACAUCCAGUCAUCAACCCUGUGAGUAUGAUUAUGUAGCACUAAUAGUGGUUAAAGAUUAUACAUCUUUCUCUUCAAUUACUACCAAAAAACAAAGAAUGGUUUGUACAGUGCACAGUUUUGCUUUUCAUAGGAACUCCCAUAUGUAGGAUCUAUCCCAGAAGGUUUAAGGACAGAUAUGGCUGUAUUCCUCAAAGUGGCUCUUCCUGCAGAUGCCAAAGUGUUUACAAUUAAUUUCCAGACGGGUGACUCUGAUGGUGAUGACAUCGCUUUCCACAUCAACCCCCGAAUUGGUGAGUUAGUGGCCCUAAACAGCUUUAGAAAUGGUAGUUGGGAGACUGAGGAACAUGCCUCCAUCACACCCUUUGCCAAGGAAGGAGCAUUGAAUAUGAACAUUGUCAUCAACUCAGAGGGAUAUGAGGUAUGUUUCCUAAAUCAGUGAGCAGACAUGUACACUAAAAACAAAAUCUUAUAAUGAUCAAACACCAAAAUUUACCAUGUUCCUACAGGUCUAUGUGAAUGGCUUGCAACACUGUACAUUCA